AUGGCAUCAUGGAGCACUAAAUGUUUAGAGACCAUUGGGAAGAGAACUCUUGAUGGGUAUAAAGCUCAGAGAAUACCCAGCAAGUUUGAUAAUGUAGUAGUUGCGGUAUCUGGAGGUGUUGACUCUGCUCUUGCAGCUUCUUUGUAUUCUACGAUAUACCCUAAUACAAGAGCCAUUUAUAUGCAAAAUUGGUCCAAGAGUCAGUCUUUGAGUGAUCCUAGGGAAGAACCAUGCUACAAUAGAGACUGGAGAGAAGCUGUUAAAGUGGCAGAAUUUUUAGGGAUACCGAUGGAGAAGGUGAAUUUUGAAUCUGAUUAUUGGAUAGAUGUUUUUGAGCCAAUGCUGAAUAGUUAUAAGAUGGGUAUCACACCAAAUCCAGAUAUCGGAUGCAAUAGGUUUAUUAAGUUUGGUAGAUUAACUGAAUAUUUGGAUAAUAAAUAUGGUCAAGAUAAUUACUGGCUAGUGACAGGUCAUUAUUCAAGAGUCUUAGAUUAUAUUGGUGGGAAAUCUGAGCGAUCGUUGCAUCUUUUGAAAUCAUAUUAUAAACAAAAAGAUCAAAGUUAUUUUUUAUCACAAAUCAAUCCUAUUGCCUUAAGGCGAUUAUUAUUACCGGUAGGCCAUCUUACGAAACCAGAAGUACGAGAAUAUGCUCGACAGCUUGGAUUACCAAACUCUUCUCGACCUGAUUCACAAGGUAUUUGCUUUGUCAACAAUUCACAAACUGGCAAAUUUAAAAAUUUCUUAAAGCAUUAUUUAGACAACAACCCAGGUGAUAUCAUUACGAUAGAUAAAUCUACUAAUAAGAAGAAAGUUUGGGGUAAACAUCAAGGGAUUUGGUCAUACACAAUAGGCCAGAAAGUUGGUAUAUCUAUGCCACAGAGUGAUCCUCAAUACAAAGGGACUUGGUUUGUUAGUGACAAAAUAAUAGAUAAAAAUGAAAUUGUCAUAGUAAAAGGGAACAACAAUCCCGAAUUGUAUCAUGAUACUUUGAAGGUUCAGUCAUUUAAACCAUUAAUAGUAGGCUUCACUAAGGAAUGGUUUGAGACUGAGUGCUCAAAGGGUACUCUAAAAAUGCAGUACCGAUCUCUUCAAGAUCCGGUGCCUAUUAAAUUCGCUACCAUACAUUCUUCUCCAAGUGACGACUCGUAUCAACCGUAUUCUAUCCAACUUACCUUGUCACACGCACAAAGAGCUAUUGCACCAGGCCAAUAUUGCUGCAUAUACUGGAACCAGGCAGUUCUUGGGAGUGGUGCUAUUACUAGUGUUCUGUAA